AUUCGCCAUCAUCUCAUCCUCCCUUUGACGUUCACCAUAAUCGCAAAGAUGGCUUACUCCUCCCCUAUGUUCCAACAACUCAACGGACUAUCGUCCAAUGAGUCAAAAUUGGCACGUGCUUUCCCAUUGAAAGCUGCCAACGAAUCUCCUCAAGGUUUCAACUUGUACGGUCGUUUCGCAUUUGCCGGUGCUGUUUGCUGUGCCAUCACACACGGUGCUUUGACACCCGUCGAUGUGGUUAAAACCCGUAUCCAAUUGGAACCUGAAGUGUACAACAAAGGUAUGAUCACCGCUUUCCGUCAAGUUGUUGCAAAAGAAGGAUCUGGUGCUCUCUUGACUGGUUUCGGACCAACUGCUGCCGGUUACUUCUUGCAAGGUGCUUUCAAAUUCGGUUUCUACGAAGCAAACAAGGCUGCUCUCAUUGAUUACCUCGGUGUUGAAACUGCUACCAAGAACCGUGGUGCCGUUUACCUUGCCGCCGCUGGUGUUGCUGAAUUCUUUGCCGAUAUCGCUUUGUGCCCUCUUGAAGCUACCCGUAUCCGUCUUGUCUCUGAACCAAGCUUUGCUAACGGUCUUGCUGGUGGUUUCGCACGUAUUGCAAAGGAAGAAGGUUUGAGAGGUUUCUAUUCUGGUUUCGGACCAAUCUUGUUCAAGCAAAUCCCAUACACAAUGUCCAAGUUCUACUUCUUCGAAGUUGCACUUGAAGCUUUGGUCAAGACAACCGGUAAGAAGAAGGAAGAAUUGGCCCCAUCCACAAUGACUGCUUUGAACUUGGGUGGUGGUGUUUUGGCCGGUUUCGCAGCCGCAUUUGUUUCUCAACCUGCUGAUACUUUGUUGUCCAAGAUUAACAAGACCAAGGCUUUGCCAGGUGAGACAACCACAAGCCGUUUGAUCAAGAUUGCCAACCAAAUCGGUAUCCGUGGUUUGUUCGGUGGUAUGACUGCUCGUUUCGUUAUGAUUGGUACUUUGACAGCCGGUCAAUUCGCCAUUUACGGUGACAUCAAACGUGUUUUGGGUGCAACUCAAUCCGUCGAAUUGGCAAAAGUCUAAAUGAAUGAACAAAUGACAAAAAAAGAGAGCAUACGUUAGAAAGUGUACUCCCACUGCUCCUUAAUGAUCCUUUUUUUUUCUUGAUAUCGCUUUAUUAGAGUUUCUU